AUGGAUAUCUUAAUCGAUGAUAAAGACAGACUCUAUGUAGCUGACACAAAAAAUCAACGUGUAGUAAGAUUCAUAAACGGCAGUAAAACGGGUACGAUCAUCGGUGGUGGUUUUCGAAAAGAAGAACAAUUAAUUUAUCCAACUCAUCUGUUUAUGGGGGAAAAAAAUGAUUUAUACGUUGUUGAUCAAAAAAGCUUUCUGAUCAAAAAAAUAUCACCCAAUGGCAGAAUGAUGACUGUUGCUGGGACAGGUUAUGAAAACUCAACAAUGAAUUCGUUUGGUGAGUGCCAUGGACUAUAUGUUGAUCGAAGUAAUAAUUUAUACGUAUCAGAUGCAAUACAUGACAGAAUACUAAAAUUUUCACCAAAUAUGACGACUGGUACUCUAGUCAUUGGAAAUCAUUCUACUCCAUUUGGUAUUGCUGUUGAUGAAGAGAAUGAUAUAUUAUACGUUACGGAUUGGUCUAAUCAUCGGAUACAAAAAUUCAAAUUGAACGACGGUAAGAAGCGAGAUGGAAUAACGGUAGCUGGAACCGGACAACAAGGAUCAGACAAAUGGUCAUUAGAUUCACCUGUGACUGUUAAGCUUGAUUGUACACACAAUAUAUAUGUUGUUGAUCAAGGAAAUCAUCGAAUACAACGUUUUUCAGUAAAUUCACGAAUGGGAGAAACAAUUGCUGGAGGUAAGAGAAUUUUUGCUGAACAAGAGAAAAAAAUUGUCGUCUGCUUAGUUUUCGAACUGGCAUAG